AUGGUACCGGCGGGCACCCAGCAGGACUUUGCCGAGCAGGAAAACGUUUUGGUAUACCACGGGCCCCUACUCUACGAGGCAAAAGUGCUUGAGGCCCUGGAGAGCCGUACAGAACCUGGAGCUCGUUGCUACUUGGUUCACUUCAUCGGGUGGAAUCGCUGCUACGACACCGUCGUCUCUCGAGAGGCAGUGCUUCCACGGACGUCAGCCAAUCUGGAACUUGCUGAACAACUUUAUGUGGACUUUGUGGAAAAGCGCGGACCUGCUGCCACUGCUGCUGUUGAAGCAGCAUCGCAUACAACGCAGCGAAUAGAGCGUGUCGCUCAGGGUAAUACCGAAGCACCCCUGAGCGCGUCUACGACAGGAUGUGAGUCGGCUAUCUCCGCUGCUCAUGUGCGUAACGAUGAAGUUGUUAUCGAUGGUGAAGAUGAUGUUGACGAGCACGUCGCCAUCUAUAACUGCCGGGGGCUGCGAUCGAUCCUAGAACACGUGGACCCAGACGAUCCCCUGAGAUGGUUCGAGUUGCCAACGGUGCUGAAACGUACCGUUCUUGACGAUUUCGAAUACGUUUCCGAAAGUGGACGACUCUAUCCUUUGCCAGCCCAAGUGACUGUGGCAGCCAUCCUGCACGCUUGGGUACGACAUCGAAAGAGGACCCAGGAUACGGAUGCUGGUCAGAUCCGAGCUCUUGCAGAGAGUCUCCAGCGCUAUUUCAAUGAGGCGCUGAGCAGCAUGUUACUCUAUGAGGAUGAGCGACCGCAGUACGCAAUGGUGACGACGUCGCAUCCGGGAAAGCGUGCGAGUGAGAUCUACGGUGGAGAGCAUCUUCUUCGACUUAUGGUGAAGCUGCCGUGGUUCCUCGAACAGUUGCCGAUCACCAGAGACGAGGUUCGUCAGUUUGCACGCCUUUUCCAGGACCUCUGUCGCUUUUUGUUGCGCAAUCAUUACAGAUUCUUUUCCGUUGUCGAUGGAAGCGCCCUGGAGGAAAGCAGGUGA